AUGGUGUCUAAAGCGAUAUGUUAUCACCUGCCAGUUUACCUGUAUUAUCUGUACGUUGUCACGUACGACUUUGUAAACAUUGAACAUGGCAGGGGAGGAUAUGGAGGAAAGUUAAAGUUUCUCACUGUCUGGAACGAGAUUUUUCAGAUGUUAUAUUUUGGAAUUGCCACUCUAAAUGAUUUCUGUGGCAGUGAUAUUCGACCUUCUCAUGCAAGGGAUGUACAAGGAAGAAAGUCUGUUCUACAAAAACUCCGUGAUAUUGCUUUAGCUUCAGUCAUAUUUCCAGCAGGAACGCACACAUUUAUUCUGCCAUUGAUGUUUGUGGAGUUAACUCUUGUGUAUCAUCAGUUUCCAAGGAAACGCACUGGACUAGCGAUUCUGUUCACUUUUGCCUUGGCCUACCUGUGUUGGAUCCUAUGGAUAGCCUAUGUAGCAGAUUUCUGGGUCUACCCUGUCCUAAAGGUCAUGCAUGUCCAUCAGCGUGUUAUUUUCAUCGGAGCUCUCCUUGUCUUCUUUGCCUUCCUGUACCUGAUAGGAGAGUUCCUCAACCAGAUACUCUGGGGUAAGGAGAUCAAGGCUUAUGUAAACGAAGUGAAAAAGAAGGAGAAAUGA